AUUGGCCACACUGCCAACCUGUCAAGUUUCAGCUUCUCCAAGAUAAGUUGUGUCCAUUCCACCGAGGCCCACUAUAAGGCCUUGAUACGUUUACCAGGCCUUAAUUCCAUCGGCGGGCCCGGGUUGGCCUUUGACCAACACCCAUCGGGCCUCAGUCAGCCUAGCCAUGGCUCAAUCGGCGCAUUUCCGUGAUCUGGAAACCGACCUGGACGCCCUGGGCUUCCACCCCUUGGCCCACGUGCCCUUUCAGCUCCAUCCCGCCCUCCGCGCCGCCCACUCCGACCAGCUGGAACGACGCGUGGCCGCCACGCUCCAAGAUCCCAGUCUGAGCCAACUAGAGGCCGAUUUGGCCGGCGGGCUCUGGGAUUACGACCCCAGCCUCGAGCAUCAAGUCCUGGACACGCUGCGACAACGGGCCGACCAAGAACAACAACGAGUAACCCGCCAGGCCCAACAAUGGCACGACUAUCAGGCCCAAAAGCAGCGCGAUCAAGCGGAGCGGCAGGCCUCCGUGACCCAGGCCCAGGCCCAGGCCGAAAAUCAGGCGGCGAGCCAGGCCGAAUCCACCACCCAACUCGAGGGCCAGCUCGACCCCGAGGUCCAGUUGACGAAUGGUCAUCAGACGGGGGCGGGUUCGACGGCCAUUGAGGUAGUAGAGCCGGAGCGGCCGGGCUUGAAUGUGGCUCCACCCGUGGGUUCGGUGGCGGGUCCGCCCGUGGGCCCCUGGCCUCGCCCCGUCCAACCCAUUAAUUUCUCCGAGUUUGAGGCGGAAUCCGAUCCCUUUGAGUCUUUGGCUUUGAAGAGCAUGAACGACUAUCAAGAGUUGGCUGCCGUGCUCCAGACCUCGACCCAGUUGACCCCGUCAGCUCAGUCGGUCGCCAGUGGCCCCGCCCAUCCCCCUGCCAGCUAUGCUCGGCCAUUCAACCCGCCCACCGCCACCGGCGUGUUUCCCCGUGCCACCUUUCCCACCCCACCCGACUUCUUCAAUUACUUCCCGCCCGCCCAGCCCAGUCCCACCUACUUCCCGUCGCGCCUGCCCCCCUACCGCCCCGCUCCCGCUCCCGCUCCCCCGCCCGGGGCUGAACCCACCGUCAAGAACUCUCAGAGCUUUGGCGAUAUCCUCAACGAGAUUAAGAAAGAGGCCCAAGCCGAUGUGCGGAAAAAAAGCAGUCAGACCCCGCCGCCCCGCCCGGCCAAUGUUCCGGGAUCGACCUCGAAACUGACCGAUUGGAUCCCCUGGCCGGAUUUGGACGGAACUCCCUGCCGCCCCAGUCCGGCUGAGGACCCGCUGGCGCUCAUCUCUGACCCCGAUCAGCGACGAUUGUGCCAGCAGAUCCACGAUAUGGGCUUUCCUUUGGCCCGAGUGGCUCGCGUCUGUGCCGCCUUGAAAGACAAGACCGGUCAGAACAUUAUCAACUUUUGUCUUUUGGUGGAUAAAUUCAUCGGCGAGAGUGGCUUGCCCGAGGAGGAAGUAGAGUACGUGCUUCACUUGAAAUCGGCCGAGGAGACCAAAGUUCGGCCACAUUUGAAGGCAUUCCGCAGCUUGAAAGAGUUGGGCUUUUCCAGCAAAGACAUUCACCAUGCCCUAGUGGAAUGUGAUACCGACCACGAUAAGGCCUUGGAGAAGCUUCUGAAAACAUGAGGUGGAACUAUCCCGGAUAUUUUACUAUUUUUUUGUAUGAUAAUUACGUAAUACAAUAUAUGUCAUCCGCAAGUAAA